AUGCAGCAAACUACAACUAUCCAAACUCAAGAAAAGAUGGGACGACGAAGAAAAAUCUCAGCACACAACAUCUUUCCGAGUCAUAAUGGUGCUUUAUCCCAUGUUGUUGCAUUUGUCGCCACUCUGGGUUUUGUUAUUUAUUCUUCCAGCGACAGUAAAGAAAAGAAAGAAUCGUUUAUAAGAAAACAUCUAGAUUCAACUAUAAAUUUUAUUUAUCUGUUAACGUUUGCUACGUGGGUUGGCAUUCAAGUUUGGGUGCAAGUGUCAGGUAAGAUCCAUCUCUAAUAUUUGAGUACACCCAAAAUUAAAGUUGUAUUGAAAAGUGUCUAAAAUUAUUUUUUAGAGCGUUCGUUCAACUUUAACGCCUGUUUUCCAUUCCAAAACGGGUAGAGCUCAACGUUCAAUAUAGGAAUUAUUUAAUUAGAGAUUACGAGCUUUCCACUAUCAGAUCUAUAACCUUCAAGAGAACGUUGUGAUUCAUGAUGACUGAUGUAUAAUUAAUGUUUUUGAUCAGUUAUGGGUUUUCCCGGGGAAGCUAAUUUUCUCUGAAGUAUUUAUUAAUGAAGGUAUUUCUGUUUGUUCCCACAGGCUUCACAAUGUUUAAAACGUUGACCAGAAGCGCGUUUGCGCAAGUCCAAAGUCGAAUCUUCCCAAUGUAUUUCAUAUCUGGCAUAAUAAUGAGUACUAUCUCGCUCUUCACUCAUCUGUACAUGAAUCCCGUGAAAUCAUGGCAGGAAGACAGUUUAUCUUUGUAUCAGGUGUGUAACUCGCGGCAUUUGUGCUUUUCCAUGCGAUGUAUUGUACAUCAAUCGUUCUCAGGCCGUGCGACCAGGCCUUUUCCUGACAUGAGCUUCGUCGCAUGGCACGAGGAAGGCUAUCGUUUGGCCAAUACAUAGUUAUGACAUACAGCAAUCUUGUCUUCCGUCAAAAAGGCGCUCUAUAACCUUAGUCCGUACUCUUUCUCAUUUUACUGAAUUAUGCCAGUCAAUUUAAGAAUUGAAUUUCACAGAUUGAAGACAAGAUCAAUGUAUAUAGGUUAAAAAUAAUAAAUGUUUAAAAAACAUUUGUGGCAAAACAGGAAGUUAAAUAUAAAUGUCUUCAACUAACAGCUGGCCCUGGGAGAAAGAAAUCAAUGCAUAUCUUUUUUCUUAAACAAAGUGACUCGGCGGCUGUACGUGUCGCUUUGUGCUGUUCUCUACCACUGCAACAGUACGUAGUUUGCUCGCAGCGACAUGUUGUACACUAAUCUAAUAGAUAAAUUACAAUGGAAAGAUUUUCAUCCUAUUUUCAACAACUGUCAAGUUCCGUUUUCGGCCUUUUGUGGCACUUUCGUCUUUAGCAAGCUUUCUCCUUAUGUGCGAAACCAAAAUCCAUCCUAUAUAAAUUAAUACACAGGAUUAGGUUUAGAGUACCUUGUCUAUAUAUCAAGACAGCCUCUGUUAUCAUGGCUGCUGUGAAAUAAUGCAAGACAUAGUCGGCGAUGUGAAAUAGACUGGACAUAUCAUGUAUUUCUAUCAAACCAUGCAGACUUAAGCUGAAUUUCCACUUACAGAGAAAUAUUUCGGAUUUCCAUUUCGUCGUCGAAAUAUUUUGCUUGAUUUCUUUUGAAUUGUGACCAUCCAAAUUCUAAUUGACUGUUCACAAUUCAAAAGAAAUUGAGCGAAAAAUGUCGACAACGAAAUCUUUCUUGCAAGUGGAAGUCCAGCUUUAGUCUUUAGCGAACUUAUUGAUUAAAAUAACGAAUAUGUAAUUUUCCAUGUAUAGGCACUAAGUAUCUCUGUUUCCUUGCUGUGUUCACUUGUGAAUUACUUCUACCUUGGACCUGAGACAAUCAGGAUGGUGCAGAUCAGAGCACAACGUGUAAAGUUUCUCGGAAUUGAAGAUGGUGUUGGUCCAGUUAGCCUAAAACUCGUAGAGCAUGAUUUUACGUACAGGGAAAUAAAACAAAGAUUUAUCAAAAUGCAUGCAGCAUGUUCUAUGGUGAAUGUUAUAUGUUAUGGUGCUUGUGGUGUCAAUCUGUGGUGCUUGGCUAGUAAGCAAGUCUUGUGUUAG